AAAAUAUAUCAGUAUUUUAGUCUUUACCAUUCCCGAUAAUGAUUACACCACAGUAAAUUAACGUCCAAAAGAAACGUGGCAACGAUUUGAAAUUCGGGAGCGAAGAAAACAACAAAAGAAAACAUAAAACAACAUGUAAACAUCAAUAUGUGCUAAACUCUUGCGCAAACAGUCCUAACAAUACAAUGAACAAUGAAUUAAAUAUGGCUGGUAAUGUCCAUCUGAGGUACACAAAACACCUUUUCAAUGCAUGUCCAAAUGGUCAGCUUAGAACAACAUGACCAUAGGUGGUGUUAUGUGUCACCCUAGUAGCGUGUGUGACCUGCAUUGGCUUGAAUGCAGGCAAACACUCUCAAACGCACUGAAUUCGCCAGGCGCCUGAUAACGUCACGUGGGAUAUGUCGCCAUUCUUCAUGGAGGGCUGCAAUGAGUUCAACUAGGGUGUUGUGAGGUUGUUGUAGCCGACGACUUUGGCUGUCCAUUUAUAUGUCCAAAGGGUGCUAUAUGGGAUUAAGAUCUGGAGAGAGAGCUGGCCAGGGUAACACUUGAACGUUGUUGACACCUUGAUCUGCCUGUUGCUGGCUUGUCUGUUGUCAGACCUCUUGUUCUGAAUCGCUGGACGAAGUAAAGUACAGUUGUCUACACCAUUACGGGUGCAGUUCAAUGCCAUUGCAACAUGAGUCUAUGCUGUCCCCGACCCGUGCAGAUCCAGGGAACAAAUCAAAGGUCAGUCAUAUCCAUAGAGAGGCUCUCAGGAACUGCUACACUCUGCUGACAAGUGACCUUGAACUUUUCAAAUCCAGCAUCAUUGAUGACCUUCUUUCAUCUGAUGUGAUGUCUGUGUCAGACAAGGAUAGUAUCAGAGGUAAAGACACGAGGAGAGGUCAGAACGAGGAGUUCUUCGGCUACAUCGUUGGACGUCUGUCUUUUGAGGACUUCCACCGUAUCCUGCUUCCAGCCCUGAGGAAGGAUCAUCCUCAUGUGGCAGAGGCGCUGGUCUCAGAGCUGGACAGGCUGGAGGAGGAGCAUGAGGAUAAACAGUGUGUGUCCUGCAGAGCCAGGAAAUAUGUACAGCUCAAAAGGAUAGCAACGCCUUUGCUACAGCAGGGGAUCAUUGAAGUGCCUCUUUUUGCUGACCUGAAAAGCCCCGGAAUGUCAAACAACACAAAAUGGACAGAGCUACGAAUGACCGUAUCAGACACAGACAUUAUUGCCGCCAUGGAGAGAAAGUAUCCUGAUCUUUACAGGGAGUUCAUAACACGGGAGUGUGACUCCCUUAAAUGUACUUGCCCUUCUAAGGUUUUUCCGGUUUCUGCAGAAAAUAUACAUUUGAAAAGAUCUGACACAGCAUCAGCAAGUUUUGAUGACUUUGAAAGCUGUUUGACUGACAUGGAUGAUUUGGAGGAGUUUGAAAAUGUCAAUGUAGACUUGCCCUUGCAGAUGAGCGAUGAGGAAAACGAAUACAAGAUGACUGCAGUGCCAAGAGGAAUUUGUCUGACCAUACAAAACCAAACGUUUGAAAAGUUCUGCAAUCGAAGUGGGACGGAUAUUGAUGCAGCAGAAAUAAGAUCAGUUUUCACUAAACUUCAAUUUACUGUGGAUGUCAGAAAAGAUCUUUCCGCAAACGAAAUGAUCGACGUAUUACACCAAUAUGCCAGAAAAGACCACAGUGAAUUUGAUGCAUUUGUCUGUUUUAUUCUUACGCAUGGCACAUCAGAUGAUCAUCUUAUAGGAUGUGAUGGUGGAUCUGUAAGCCUGGACAGUUUGAUAGCACCCUUUGCAUCAUCAAAAUGUCCAACCUUAGCAGGAAAACCCAAACUGUUUUUCAUUAACGCUUCCAGAGGUACGGAUAUCAUGUAUGGCCAUCCACAGGAAAAUUAUUAUCUCGAAGAAGAAGAGGACCUGCUACUCAAAGAAGAAAUAACUUCUGUUCCCAAUCAUGCUGACAUCCUCAUUGGACAUUCCACCGUACAGGGCUAUGCUAGUUUCAGAAGCAAUUUCCACGGCAGUAAAUUCAUACAAACUCUUACCCGCAUUCUUAAUACUUAUGGAGACGAUCAAGAUCUUUUGAGCUGUCUAGCAAUGGUAAACAGAUCAGUAUCCAACAUGAGAAUGGUAACCUCUGCUAAGCAUUUUGGGGGUGCCAAACAGGUUCCGGCCCCUAUGUUCACCCUUACAAAGAAGGUUCACCUGACCAGUGAUCCUCUGUGGCCCUACCCAUCUGAAGAGGCUAAGCCCUAGAUGCUGGACAUUGAGAGGUUAACAUGAUAUUUUUACACGUACGUGUUACAAACAGAUUUAUGAACAUUCUGAGAACUGGGAGGUAGAUAUUGAUGUUUCUUCUUCGGUUUCGUGCUUUUAAUAAAAGUAAUUUCUUGCUGGCUGGUAGAAAUGUCAAAACCGUGUAAACUAGUUUUUAUUCAAUUAUAUGCUGUAUUUAGUAUUUGUAGUCAUACAGGUGUAUCUUUGGGAUCACAAGCAGUGAAGAAACACAUUUCCGUACUGUUCUCUUUUUGUCUGAGUGUGUGUGUGUCUGUCUGUCUGAGUGCGUGCAUGUAUAUCUGUCGGUUAAGGUGCUAUAAUGAUCAUUGCUGCAGCUAAAUAUGGUGAAUGCUACAAAAGUAUGGUAAUCUUCCUUUAAACAUAUGUGUUAGUCUUUAAGCCUUGAAUAACUUCCUAACCAGAUUCGACUUGUUGAUUAGAAAGUUUUCUUUAUACGUAACUUCUAGCUUGUUCAGGACAACAAGGCCAAGGUAAACACGCUGAUGUCGGGCAUGGCCGAGAUGAAGUGUCACUUUGAAAACAAGCUCCUUGAACAAGAACUGUACCAUCGUAAGUGCAACCUACUUGUUUAUGGUAUCCCAGACACGCGAGACCCUCUAGAGGACUGCAUUGAAUUGUUCGAAGAUCUCGGUAUAAACAGUCCUGGGUGCAUUGACCUGGUUAAUAUCCACAGACUACCUCGUCAUAGUACUAACCCGACAACUGUUAAUAUGCCCAAACCGAUUGUUGUAAAGCUUGUCAGGAUGCCUGACAGGCAGGACAUAUUAAAUGCUACAUUCACCAAGGGAAAACUAUCGAGAGAAAGAAAGGUCUCAAUUCGUACUGACCUCCCCGUGCCAGAGGAAAAUACAGAGGAAAACUAGAGGAAAGCUUAUGAGCUCCGUCAAACUUGCAAUCUACAGACAAGGAUUCUUGAGAGGGGGAUUGAUAUCACCCUGCAAUACCGACUAAGUAGACAAUUUGCCUGGAAAAAUGUCGGACUGGAUGAUGAUCUGUGAAUACCUUGAAUGACAAUGUCUAAAGCAAAUAGUAUCCGCACAUUCAAUGUUUAUGAUUCUACCUGGUCCGUUAUUUAACAAAAUCACGAAAUGUUUUCUUCUUUUUUGUUGUGAAACUUGUUUAUGAACUAUUAUUCCUCUUUUCAGUAACCAAGAUAUCCAAACUGAACGGAAAUAUCAUAUAUGUGGACUCUACACCCACGUGUCAAUAUUUACAAACCGUGCUAUUUUUAGAACUGUCAUUAAUUGUCUCCCAUUUGUUUCACAUGCCAGUUGUUACACAGCCAGGUUGGGGGUUACUCAAGAAAUGUUUGUUUGAUUAAAGAUGGUUUUUUUAAUAUUUACAGUCAGUUGUUUUUAUCUUGAGAUGAUUUCUUCUUCUCAAGGCGGGACUAACUAUUUAAUAGAGUUAACUCAAUUAUAUUGAGAAAAUACAUCAUUUACUGUACAUGGCUAGGGUGAACCUCGCAGAUUAAUCAUGGCUGGUAUACAAGAGUAGAGUAUGUCACAUCGCAGGGAAACAGACCACAAGUUCUUUUUGAAGGAUUCCUCUACAACAAAUGUCUGGAACGAGUAUGGACUAUCCCAUUCUUCCCUAAUAGGUAAUAGGUGUGUGCAGUGGUCUGUGACCUUAUGUGUAUUGGGGUGUGAAACAACUGACAUGUGUAAGAAAGGGAGGAUACCGUAUCCACGUGACCGUGUCAAUUUCUGCGUCACUUGCGAACUUCAAAAAAAAAAUAAUCACAGGUAAAAAGUCAUUUUAUCAUGAUUUGUUUAAAACACUUUAAAAGUUGGGAUUAUAUGGUUUAUACUUUCAGCUUUGAGUAGAAAGUUUGUCACAGACAGACGCUUUAAGUUUGUAUUUUUGUCUAUGAUGAAAGUGUUAUGUUUGUUCAGUUUUCGUUCAGCAGGUGUCACAUGUUUUUUUUACUGUGACUAAGAUGAGCAGGGUGCCGUUGUACAAAGCAAUCUUAGCGCUAAGGUGACCGGAACUCCCAUACCUUAACAUAGACUUAAGGUAGUCUUAGCGCUAAGGUUCUUUUGUACAACGGCACCCAGUUUGACUACUUCGAUAUCGCCAUUACCCUAGAUGGUUAAUGGGCGGAUAAACUAUAAGUUGGGUAGAUUUAAUUUCUAUCAAAUUAUACAUAUGUAUAUAUUUUUCUUGUCUCUAUUUGAUGUUUCACUUCCACUUCAGUAUUAUUUGUAGGAAGUCACAUUAAAAGGUACGGGUACAUCAUUUUUGUCAAAUUACCACAUGUUGUUGGUCUGCUAUUCAUUAUUCCUAUUAUUUGUAUACAUUGAUGCCUCAUCCUCCUGUCUAUCCUAUGGCUGCAAAGAUGAAGAUAUGUGGAAAUUAUUAAAUCCACAAUAAAAUCUACACUUUAUCAAUACAAAAUCAAUGAUGAAAAUAAGGGCAAUGACUUAACAUAUUCUAUUGAUGAUCAAUUACUUUGGGAAACUCUACUAUUAAUAAUUAGAGGAAAUACAAUUUAUUAUGCUUCAACCCAAACGAAAA